AUGAAAACUUUGCUACAUUUCUUCCUUCUCUUGAUCACACUUUGGGUCAGUAUCAUCAUUCCAGCAGUUCACAGCCAGUGUAUUAAAGACCAGCAACUAUCAUUGCUCCAAUUCAAGAGCAGCCUUGUGUUCCUUAAUUCCGCCAAGCUUAUUUCUUGGAAUGCAAGUACUGAUUGUUGUUCUUGGGUCGGCGUCACUUGCAGCCGUAAUGGGCGUGUUCUGGGUCUUGACAUAAGCAGCCAAGGAAUCGCAGCUGGAAUUGACAAUUCCAGCUGUCUCUUCCAUCUUCAUUAUCUUCAAAGCCUCAAUCUGGCCGACAACCGACUUGGCAGUAACUCUCAAUCAAUUCCAUCCGCAAUCGGAAAUCUCCUGAACUUGAGGUAUCUGAAUUUAUCUCUUAAUGAUUAUUCAGGGAAAAUUCCCAUUGAAAUUUCACGAUUGACGAGGUUGGUAGUUGUUGAUUUUUCUUACAAUACUGCCACCUUAAAACUUGGAAGUCCAAAUUUACACACGUUUGUUCAGACAGAACUUAGAGAGUUAUAUCUUGAUCGUGUCCAAAUAUCAGAACAGGGGAGGAAGUGGUGCCGAGCCAUAUCAGAUUCCCUUCCUAACCUCAGGGUCCUGAGCAUGUCCUCGUGUGAUCUCUCAGGCCCUUUUCUCCAGUCCCUUGCUAAGCUUCGGUCUCUAUCCGUGAUUAGGUUGGACAGGACCAAUAUCUCUGCGCCAGUUCCAGGAUUCUUUGCCAACUUUUCAAACUUGACUGUCUUGAGUCUCCCGGGAUGCAACUUGCAUGGAACAUUUCCCAAAGAGAUCUUUCAGUUACCUUCUCUACAAAGUAUUGACCUUUCAGAUAAUGACCAACUCGAUGGUUCCUUGCCAGAAUUCCCGAGGAAUGGAUCUCUUCAGCACCUGCAUCUAAGCUGGACAAAAUUUUCAGGGUUAUUACCAAAUUCUAUUGGCAAUCUCAAAAUGCUGUCCACCAUAUAUAUUCAAGGUUGCAAUUUCACCGGACCGAUGCCAAAGUCAAUGACAAACCUUACACAGUUGGUUUCUAUGUGGAUGUCUGGUAACAAGUUGGAAGGUUCAAUUCCGUCAUUCAGUGGGGCCAAGAAUGUGGUCGGCAUAGACCUUUCCCACAAUGGUCUAACAGGUACUAUUAAUUCCACCCACUGGAGAAACCUUGCUAAGCUAUCCUCUCUCGAUUUGAAAUCCAAUAAGCUCGAUGGGAAUAUCCCAUCAUCUCUGUUUUCUCUUCCCCUUUUGGAUGAUCUAGAUCUUUCCAGCAAUCAAUUCUCUGGUCCAUUCCCUGAAAUUUCUAAUGUGUCUUCCUACUGGAGAAACCUUACUAAGCUAUCUUAUAUCAGUUUGGGAUCCAAUAAGCUCGAUGGGAAUAUCCCAGCAUCUCUGUUUUCUCUUCCCCUGUUGUAUCGUCUAGAUCUUUCCAGCAAUCAAUUCUCUGGUCCAUUCCCUGAAAUUUCUAAUGUGUCCUCCUUCUUGCUGAAUGGUCCUGAUCUUGAACUUGAUUUGAGUAGCAACAAUCUCGAAGGGCCACUGCCUAUGUCUAUCUUUAGCUUGCGACGUCUUACCGCUCUAGAUGUUUCUUCAAAUAAUUUAAGUGGCUCGUUUCCUCUUGAUGGUCUACACCAGCUGAGAAAUAUUUCUGUACUUGAUCUUUCACACAAUAACUUGUUUCUUAGCCAUGAUUUUACUAAUUUCUCAUAUUCCUCAUUUUCUCGGCUCUUUGAGUUGAGGUUGGUGUCAAUGAAAUUGAGAACAUUUCCUAAUUUCUUGAGAAAUCAAUCUAACUUGAGAAGUUUGGACCUUUCAGAUAACCAGAUAAAUGGCAAGAUACCCAACUGGAUUUGGAGUCUUAGUGAUCUUACGUACCUAAAUCUUUCUUGCAACUCCCUAGAUUCUCUAGAAGUUCCUUCAAACAAUCUCAGUUACUUAGAGUACCUUGACCUCCAUUCCAACCAGUUUCAUGGGCAAAUCCCAAUUUUCCCAUCACUUUACCGUGUCUAUUAUCUAGAUUUCUCGAGAAAUUAUUUCAGCUCUCCCAUACCGAGUACCAUUGGAGAUAUGCUUGUAAACACUGGAUUCUUGUCGCUUUCAAGCAAUAACCUCAAUGCGAUCAUUCCGGAAUCAUUAUGCAAUUCACAAUUUCUUCAGAUUCUUGAUCUGUCCAAUAAUUCUUUGAGUGGCACGGUUCCCCGGUGCUUGACUACAAUGAGCACGCUUGAAGUACUCAAUUUAAGGAGAAACAAUCUUACAAAUGUUAAUGAAUUCUCCCAUAAUUGCAGUUUAGCAACGGUAGACAUCAGUGGAAAUCAAAUUCAAGGCCAGUUUUUAAAAUCUCUUGUCCACUGCACCCAGUUAGAGGUUUUAAAUCUUGGAAACAAUCUUAUAGCAGAACCAUUUCCAUGCUUUUUGAGGAACACAUCCACCUUGCGUGUCCUUGUCUUGCGAUCCAAUAAAUUUUAUGGGCGCAUUAGAUGUCGCAAGACUAAUGGCACUUGGCCAGUACUUCAAAUCAUAGACUUGGCUCACAACAAUUUGAGUGGUGAAGUACCUGGAACAGCUUUGACAACUUGGCAGGCGAUGAGGACUAGCAAAGAUAAUGCCCCAAGGAAUAUCCAUAGCAUUGAAUUGGGUAGCAUUGAAUUGGGAGGGGGAACUUAUUAUCAAGAAGAUACAAUCCCAGUUACCAACAAAGGUUUAGAGUUCGAGUUGGUGAAUGUUUUAACUAUCUUCAUCUCAAUUGACUUCUCAUGCAACAAGUUCAACGGAUCAAUACCAGAGGAAAUUGGAGAACUCAAAUCAUUGUAUGCCCUCAACUUGUCCAACAAUGCUUUCACAGGUGCAGUUCCAUCAUCAUUAAGUAACUUGAGUGAGCUAGAGUCUUUGGACCUCUCGAAAAACAAACUGAGCGGUCAAAUCCCACUGGAGCUAACAAAACUCACUUUCCUUGAAUUCUUGAAUCUCUCAUAUAAUCAAUUGGUCGGGAGGAUACCAAGCGGUGCUCAAUUUUCAACAUUUGAUGCAGCUUCCUUCCAAGGUAACAAAGGAUUAUGGGGGCCUCCUUUAACAGUAGAUAAUGGAACAGGGUUCUCUUCACCAAAGCUGGAAGGAAAUCAUUCAAAUCCUGGGCAUGAGAUUAAUUGGGACAUUAUCUGUCCUGAAAUUGGAUUUACAUGUGGGUUUGGCAUUGUCAUCGGGUCACUUUUGUUUUGCAAGAGAUGGAGGAAAUGGUAUUACAGAGCUAUGUAUAACAUGCUUCUAAAGAUAUUCCCUCAGCUAGAACAAAGAUUUGGUCAUCACAGGAGACAUGUUUAUGCACAUCAAAGAUACUGGAAACGUUGA